AUACACAAUAUAUAUAUACAUACAUACAUACAUACAAUAUAUAUCUGGCGUUAUAAAAUAGAUACGUUAAAAAUUUCUUUUCGAUAUAUAAAAACAUGGCUGUGGAAAGUGCAUCGUCGUCUUCGUCGACAGUGCAAUUUGCUUUGGGCAACGAAGUAUCGCCGCAUUGUCAUUUUUUUAAAAGCUCUUUCGCGCGUUCACUCGUUAGGAACGUUCGUGAUUCGAAAUCUUUGGAUUAUGAAUUGCAUGACAACGGUACCAUCGUCGAGGAAACAUCCGCCGAAUGCAACGCCGACAAUAGGAAUAAUAAUUUUUUCUCCUUGCUCGACUUUCGUUACGAUAAAACCAUAACUACUGCUAGUACAAUGACUACGAUGAAUUCAUCGUCUCGUCGUAAUAACAACGAGAGAGAUACCAAAGUCGCCAUUUGUAAUGCAUCAGUUCCUAUAGAAUCCGACCAGUCGAACGUGGAUAUGAACGAGUUAGAAAGACUUCGAAAGGAAUGCCAAUCGUUGAAGGAAGAUAAUAGAAAAUUACAGAACGCAUUAGCAUUGAAUCAAGUGCCGCACGUCCAAGUGAUCGACAACGUUUUUCUUCAGACUCAAAUUGAGACGCUUCAGUGGCAACUUAAGCAGAUCGAAUCGAACAAGCAAAUGUAUCGAUCGCUUAUGGAAGAAGUGGCACGUUUCUUAGACCGAGCCCAUAAGAGCCUGAUUAUUCUUCACGAGAAGAACAAUUCCAAGGACAAGAAUAAUGCUCGUGUACCACGUAGUCGUAGCGUUCAUGCGGUCGAUACGACAACUACGACCGAUUGUUCACCUAAUCGUGGCAAUUCGACAAACUCAUCGUCGUCCUCCGGAUCAUCCCGUUUUACUAGAGCCAAAUCCGUCAAUCAGAUAUCAGGUGGUUCUGCUUUCCGCGAAUUCACGUGGUCUGUUUUACGCCGUAAUCAGAAUACCUGUACCGAUAACAACAAUAUACCAUUGUGCCGUGAACAAUCUUAUCAGGAUGAGAAAAAGAUGGCCGAUGGUGUAACUUACACCAAACCCAAACAAAUGGAAUUGAAUCCCGACGAUGUGCCACCGGAAAAAUUGUCUCAAGAAGCUUUUAGGUUGAUGAGAACGGUACAAUCAUUGUUAGCAAUGAGAGAACCAGAUUUAUCAAGAAUAUCGCCAUUCGAGGACAGUGGGAUAUCACCGUCGCCAACUAAUAACCAUCAUCACCAUCAUCAUCACCAUCAUCAUCACCAUCUCCGUCAGGAUAGUUCAUUGUCCCAAAGAGACAAUUUCGUAAGCACGUCGAUGGUGCAAGAGGACAAUUAUGGAAAUUGUAUAGGUGAUAGUGAACAAGAUCGUGAAAAUGAAGAACAAGAACGUGAACUUGUUAAUGACUCGAAUUGUUUACAAUUCGAUAGCCGUGAUAUUUGUCAAUUGAAAUUGACAACGUGUAAUACAGGCAUUAGAACGUCGGUAGAUGCAACGUCAUAUAAUUCGGCUAGCAGUAAGACAACGGAAGAGGAGGAACAGAUAAUUGUUACUAAUCGUGACAAUACGUUAGAAACGCGCGAACAUGUUUGUAAAAGUAAUGGGAAUGUUACAUCUACCCCUAUGAAAUGUACCAAACGAUUAGAAAAAAAAGGUGGUAUUAACAAUAAUGGUAUAAGCGAUCUAAUGGUUAGAUCUGUUAGAACGAAAUUAGCAAAUAGCGUGAGUAGCGCCGAAGAUGAAAGUGGAUUCUCAUCUAUGAGCUCCUUUCAAGAGGUAGGUUUACCAACGUCACCGAUCACACCUGUCAAGGGUUGUCACACAGAAGUUGGAUUACCAGAGAUCCCAAUACAAAAGGUUCCUCGCAGACGAUGGUCUUCAACAGCCAAUGAGAUACAGGCGCUUAUUAAACGGCACAGCAGUGCCGCGAACUUUCCAACCGCACAAACAAAUAACGAAUCAUUAAGUGUUUGGGUUUAAAUUAGAUUUCUUCUUUUUCUUUUUCUUUUUUUUUUUUUUUUUUUUCUUUCUUUAAAACGAUUUAUCGUUUUAGGUGUAUAAAUAUUUAAUUGUGUGCUUUCUUUUUUCCUUUUUC